AUGGCUGCUGUCCUCGCCGGCAACCAGCCCGUUGCGGACGAAAAGGUUCUCUCACAACAUAAGGAGACCUUGAUGUGGGAUGUCACUCACGAUGCCGCCGAGACCGGCCAUGCAGCCACAGACCAGUAUGGUCAGGCGCUGGUGGAAUUUGACCCAGCCGCGGAAUCACGACUGAGAUUGAAAAUCGACUUGUGUAUUGUGCCGACCGUUGCCUUAUUGUAUCUUUUUUGUUUUAUCGACCGAGCCAACGUCGGAAAUGCAAAACUCGCUGGGUUCAACAAAGAUCUUGGAUUGGAGCACUACGACUAUAACGCCGUUCUGUCAAUUUUCUUUGUCGCAUAUAUCAUCUUCGAGAUCCCCAGCAACAUUGCCUGUAAAUGGAUUGGGCCGGGAUGGUUUCUCCCCAGUAUCACUUUGGGCUUUGGGAUUUGCUCCGUUGCCACGGCCUUCGUGACCGACAUCCACAGUGCAUCCGGCGUGCGGUUUUUGCUGGGUAUGUUUGAGGCGGGCCUGUUGCCCGGCAUCGCGUACUACCUGUCGCGAUGGUAUCGACGCAGCGAACUAGCCUUUCGGCUGUCGCUGUACAUUGUCAUGGCACCACUCGCUGGUGCAUUUGGAGGUCUGCUGGCCUCGGGCAUACUCACACUCGACCAUUUUGGGAGUCUCCACAGCUGGCGAAUGAUUUUCGCGAUUGAGGGCAUCAUCACAAUUGGUCUCGCGCUUAUUGCAUUCGUGACAUUGACGGACCGUCCAGAGACAGCCCGGUGGCUUUCACAAGAGGAAAAGGACUUGGCUGUGGCGCGCGUCAAAUCGGAGCGCAUCGCAACGACGGAAGUGCUGGACAAGAUCGAUCUGCCCAAAACCCUGCGCGGCAUUUUUAGCCCCGUGACACUCACCAGUGCGGUUGUGUUCCUGCUCAACAAUAUUACAGUGCAAGGUCUGGGGUUCUUCGCCCCGACCAUUGUGCAAACCAUCUAUCCGGACACUAGCGUGGUGUCUCAGCAACUACACACUGUGCCACCUUAUGUUGUCGGGGCCUUCUUCACUCUUCUUUUUCCGUUUCUCAGUUGGCGGCUUGACCAGCGAUUGAUCUUUUUCAUCAUUAGCCCACCGCUAAUGAUUGCCGGUUAUAUUAUGUUCCUGGCCAGCAGGGACAGCAUGGUGCGAUACGGGGCCACCUUCAUUAUAGCCAGCGGAGCCUUUGCAUUUGGCGCCCUUUGUACCGCGCAUGUGUCGGCCAACGUGGUAUCAGACACGGCCAGAUCAUCUGCCAUUGGGACCACGGUGAUGUUUGGGAAUGUGGGGGGAUUGAUCUCCACCUGGUCCUUUCUGCCCUUCGACGCGCCUGACUAUCACAUUGGCAAUGGUCUGAACUUGGCGACGGCCACAACCACUCUGCUACUGGGGGCGGGACUUUGGAUGUACAUGGCAUGGGACAACCGUCGGCGGGAUCGUAUCAACGUCAACCAGGUUUUGGCUGGGUUGUCACAGAAGCAAAUCCAGGAUUUGGACUGGCGCAACCCGGCCUUUCGCUGGCGACCAUAG